AUGGAGGCCGUUAGCGCAGCCAACGACACACAGGACCAGCUCCGCCUCCUGCCCCCGCCUGGCGACGACCUCAGCUACCAUGACUACGACCCGAAUGGCGGCGCUGUCCCCCCAGCGCUGCCGACGCUGGUGUUCGAGGGAGUGAAUUUUCCAGAGGACCCCAUCAGACUGCUGAGUGUACAGGUGGUGUUGAUCCUGGCCUACAGCACCAUCAUUGUGCUGGGGGUUCUGGGUAAUUCGCUGGUUAUCUACGUCAUCUACCGCUUUAAGACGCUCCGCACCGUCACCAACUUCUUCAUCGCUAACCUGGCUGUGGCCGACCUCCUGGUCAACACGCUGUGCCUCCCCUUCACCCUCGUCUACACGCUGCAGGGAGAGUGGAAGUUCGGCAGCACCCUCUGUUUCCUGCUGCCCUACGCCCAGGGGCUCGCCGUGCACGUCUCCACGGUGACGCUCAACGUCAUCGCACUGGACCGCCACAGGUGUAUCGUGUACCACCUGGAGACCAGGAUGCGUAAGGACGUGUGUUUUGGGGUGAUCGCGUUGACCUGGGUGCUGAGCGCCGUGCUGGCCAGCCCCCUGGCCAUCUUCAGAGAGUACGGCUCCUUCACUCUGGAGCCUGGACACACCAUACAGGUCUGUACGGAGAAGUGGCCCGGUAAAAGCACCGACGGCACCGUCUACAGCAUCUCCAUGUUGAUCCUGCAGUACUUCCUGCCGCUGUCCAUCAUCUCCUUCGCCUACGCCCGCAUCUGGUCCAAACUGCGCGGCCACGUCAGCCCGGCGGAGAGCAGCGGCAACAGCAGCGCUGGCUCCGAGCGCCACCGCCGGCGCCGCAAGACCACCAAGAUGCUGGUGACCAUGGUGGUGGUGUUCGCCGUCAGCUGGCUGCCCUUCCACGCCUUCCAGCUGGCCACCGACAUCGACAGCACGGUGCUGGACAUGCGCGACUUCCGCCUGCUCUACACCGUCUUCCACGUGGUCGCCAUGUGCUCCACCUUCGCCAACCCGCUGCUGUACGGCUGGAUGAACCGCAACUACCGCGCCGCCUUCCUCGCCGUCUUCAAGUGUCGCAGGGGCGGGGAGAGGGGGAGGGGCGGCCGGCUGGACAGCAUUCACCCCGUCGGGGGAGGAGGCGGAGGGAGGGCGAAGAAGAUAGUGCUUGAAACCCAGGAUGUGGUGUCCACCCGCCUGAACGCCACCGACGUGUGA